AGUCACCACUGCCCCAUAUGUAAAAUUUGUGUCCUUCGGAAGGAUCAUCACUGCUUUAUAACUGGCGCCUGUGUUGGACUUGGAAACCAACGCUAUUUCAUCACAUUUCUUUUUUGGUGCUGUAUAGGACUGAUAGCUGGAACGCGCUACACCUUUGUAUACUUGUACCGAGCCUCUUCAGAAGGCUUUCCCACUAGGGUUUUUGUACUGUGUUGGUCCAGUUGCCGUUGGACGAUGGAUCAUGGGUUAUACAGGUUUCCUACAUGCCUUCGUGUGUACAGUAUUUUCAUUCAUGCUUGCUAG